GAGAGAGAGAGAGGACAGCACUCUGUCAGGUGGACAUACUUUUAAGAACGUUUUAGGAGCUCCCUGACUGCACCUACGCAGCGAGAUGUCCCAGAGGGACAGAGAGAUUCCAGCAGAGAGAUGCGAACCAGAGCUACAGGCCUGGUCUUCAGGAGAGGACACUGAGUUUGACAAUGAGCCUGAGUACAAGCAGCACCUCUACAGCCUCCUCGGUCCCAGCAUAGCCGACUCCUUUCUUCAGCCACAAAACAUAAAGCCACUGAUGAACCCCUGUAUUCAACAACUCCGGGAAAGCAUGAGAGGGCAAGUGACUGCUGAAGGUCUGUGGCAUGCCAUCAGAGAAAGUUCCAGAAGCCAGUGGCCCCUGGCCUGCUCGCAGCACCUGCAGGGCUUGGCCAAACAGGCGGCGGUCGAGGUUCUGAAGCUCUCCUGGCCUGACGUGGAUAGACUGCGCAACGUGGCACACGUGCAGCAAGGACGAGCAGACGCUGUGCUCAGAGCCAACCCGCCAGACGACCUGAAUGACACGACUGGCCAAGAUGGACCCAGCAGGUUCCUGACACCAGGCCUUGUGCCCACGCUGACAGAAUCCCGCAGCACAGCAGACCAGAAACACCACACACAAAUGAAACGACAAAAGAUACCACAGCAACAACCACCCCCAACUCCGCACAGAAUGAAAUGGGAUGGAAAACCAUAUCGUUUCCUCACAGAUGAUGAUGCUUCUGCCAUCGAACAUUCUGCCUGGUGGAGACACUUAAACAGAGAGAAACAGUUGGAACCCAAGCCCACAUGGACAACACGGUUCUCCCUAAAAGAUAUCUAUCCAAGAAACUCGGAGAACUUCAGGUCCUCAAUUCAAGUCUGUCUCAUUAAACACAAUUAGCUUUUGUUCCUGUGGCACUGAACGCACUCGCUCCAUUGUCUUAACUGGAGAUGGUCAUCAUCAGACGGUUUCAUCUCUCAGUGUAAACAGUGUUUGAGUGUUAACCCUUUAAUGUUGGAAUGACUCUGAAUCUUAUUGACAAUUAUAUCGUGUUUCCUCUCUCCUCGCUGUCAGGAGACUGUACCUCCAGUGUCUUUGCAGUUAUGUUGUUUAGUUAAAGUGGCAGAAUUCUCUGUGUUUAUUUGUAUAAAUCGGGAUGUAAAGGGGCACAAGCUGGUGAAAUGCAGUAGCACACUGCAAUGACCACUUUUGAAUUUUGCAAUCUUAUAAAGUCUGCCGUGAGGCAUUUAAGACCAGA